UGUUGUAUUAUAUGGUGUUGUUUCCUCCUGUUCAUAUUUUCGACUUUGAUUUCAGUUGAAAUUUGGCUUCGGUUCAUAAAGCGAGCGUAUGAGCACCGUUCAUUUAUCGAAAUUUAAUAGUUGGUUCUUUCUACGAUACGUUGCAUCAUAUAUAGUUAUAUUACAGCCAUCAUCACAACUGAUGCUGGGCGCUACUGCAAGUAUUUCUAACCUCAUACAUGUACAUUGUGUCACUCAAUUGCCACUGAUAUGAUGGUGGUAGGCGAACCUUCCUAGUCUGCAAUCGAUGAAUAAUAAUAUUUGUUUAAUGCUAAUUUCAUUUUAUAAAAACUCCUACUGGCGAAUGCUUUUCAAUUAGUGUGAAAGCGACAGUUGUGUCUGAUGAUCGUCUCUCGUCUAGUAGUUAAUUCCACACAAGCGAGAUGAAAAGGCGUGCGCGCAAAUCAAGAGCAGCACAAUAUUCUAAAUAACAGAAAAAAAGAAAAUAAAUCAUUAUCGCAAAAGUUGUUACACGAGUACGAGAGGAGCAUAGAGGACCAAAGCCGAGCUCAUCUUAUUUGUAAAUCAUCUUUUGAAUACUCUGGAAGUAGCUGAGUCGACAGCAGUUUACUAAAAUUUAAACGCGGCGUAACGCACCAUUGCAGUCCAAUGCAAUCUCAGUGAAUCGUUUGAACAUCGAUCUACGAUAAAGCACGCGCCUCCACACCUUCUAAUGGCUGACUCAACGGAUCGAUAACGGGCAAUCAUUGUGAUAAUGUUAGGUUUGAUGUGCUCGAAAGUAAAGGACAAUCUGUUUCGUGGCUGUGCGGUGAUUAUAUUUUUUAUUUUCGUUAAAGCUGAUGCUCGUCCUACUGGGUAUUUGUUCUAUGCAUCGAAUGUGAUCAAUCUCAAUUUGAACCAAACAUCAUACACCGUGGGAUGUACGGUAAAUUCCACCGGUGGCGCAGAAGAAGCUGGUAUCAGCCGAAAUCUCAAGAUGCUUGAUUUGCGCGGGAAUCCAUAUGCAACAAAGAUUAUCAACGACACAACAAUCAUCCACAGAGUAGAUCUCCAGACCAAUGAAGAAUCAUCAAUAUGUGGCGUCAAGAAUUUCAUUUGCCGAUUGAAUCGUUCUUUGAUACAGAUGCGCACAUUUUAUGUAGGCAGACCGCCUCCACCGAUCAAACCGAGUGAUUUCAAAUGCAUUUCCCACAACCGACAGCGUUUGGUGUGUCAGUUCCGACGUCAGCAUAGUUGCGGUCUUUUCACAGAUUAUCAUCUAUCCAUGAUAAGACUAAACAGUCACAGCACGUGCAACCUCACUGACGACGGAACUACCUUAAGCUUCGACAGUAAUUCGGAUACCUGCGUGUUUUCGGCUGGACAUAGAAAUCUAUCGUUCUGGAUCGUAGCCACGAAUAUAAUCGGAAAGACAGAAUCCAUGCAAACUGUUGAUCACUUCGAUAUUGUGCAACCUGAGAUGCCGGGUAAUUUGCAUGUGUCGUCUCUUGAUGUAACUAACGUCAACAUAACAUGGAGUCUAAGCUUAUUGUUGUACAACCUCAACCGUUCAUUUGAAAUAGAAUUUCGUUUGAUGUCCAAAUAUGAUACACAACAGAGUUUUAAGAACAUCAGCUCCUUCACAAGCAAACAAAUGAUGCAUCAGUUCGAAAAUUUGUUUCCAUUUACAAAUUAUGAAUUGAAGAUGCGCGUUAGGGUUGUACCUAAAUCAUUGCGAUAUUUCGAAGACGAAUAUUGGUCGGAGUGGUCUUCGAUACAAUUUCAAACCAAAGCCUGCCGGCCAUACGCUCCUCCACGGAUAUUACCAGGAGCUUACAGCUUCAAAGAGAGAAGAGGUCAUCUAGUGACGAUUGAAGUUUAUUGGGAACUAGUUCCCGAAUACCGCCAAAAUGGUCCAGGUUUCGGAUACGACAUUUAUGCUCUCUCGCAAACAGGUCAUAAUCUUACGGCGAACAGUCCCAACAAUGGGGUCACCUCAUUCCAAAAAGCCAGGAUUGAUGAAAUAUACAGCGUGUACUUUUUUUCGUACAACGAUGAAGGUCGUUCAGAAAACGUUAGCAUAAUGCAAAUUUAUCCUCAUAUUGCUGCGUAUCAACCAAAAAUCAGAAGAAUGUUAUAUAACGAUAGUUACUAUGUGCAAUGGUUCUCGCCCGACAACAUAGACCUUCUUUCAAACUACACGAUUAUGUAUUGCACUUACAGCACUACGGGAUCAUGCCAUGGUUCAAUACAGUUCGAUACCGUGCCUGCAAACGCAACAACGUAUUUCUUGAACUCAAGCAAACCACUAAGUUUUGCUCUAGCAGCCAAUUUCCGUUCGUACUCAUCAGAACUAUCGUGGCCCAUGUGUACUGUGUCUCCAGCAACUGUCGUUAACCAAAUUACCUUCAAGUUCACCGAUGUAACGGAACAUUCCUUUACGCUGCGCAUGCAACUCUCAUGUAUGGAUCAAUCUUUAAUCGAUCGAUACGACGUUCGCUAUUGGCCAACGCAAAAUCAUGAUGCUACGGUAAAUAGGACUUAUCAAGCUUAUGAUACGAUUAUUCCCAUCGAUGAUCUUUUGAUUAACACUGAUUAUGAGGUGGUUAUAACGGCGUAUGAUAGUAGAGGGAAUACGUUUGAAGCAAGCAAUUCUGUGCGUACUAAGAAUAAAGAAGUUCUGGUACAGUUGAUUCUUUUCCUUCUGUUUGGCAUGUUGGUAAUGGCUAUUAUGACUACCACUGCUACACGCAGAAUGAAGAGGAUUAUGAGCAUAAAAGUGGAAAUACCUGUUGGAUUGCUAGGAAUUGAUGAAACACCAUUUCAGAACAAUCCACCCGUGGAGGAAUUCAAACCCUUUUCUGAGCAAAUCAGUGACACCGUUGAGAUGGAAGAGCUACGCCCUUCAGAUCCUUUAGAUGAUAAUUCUUCUGGCAAAGUGAAGUCAAUCCUCAAAAAGUACGAUCCGACGAAUGUACAGGCGAAGUCAGCCGCUCAGUUCAGUACAAGCAACGACUAUAUAAAGCCAUCGGAAAUGCCUUGCAUGAAGAAUCUGGAAAAAUCCAUCCCAUCUCUAGGGGGAAACAGUUACUCGAGUGGUUCAACUGGAUACGUGGAUGUAAGCCUGAUAAUGAAGCAACAUUUGUUUGGUGAUGUUUCGCUCUGAGCCGUUUAGAUCCUAUCAUUUUGAAUAUUUAAAGUACAAAGUUUAGAAAAUGUCAGAUUACUUAAAUUUAUUAAUGUGCCCUUUUGCACUGUGUGACAAUGGACAGUGAUCUAAUAAAGACAAUCACAUAACUAAUUUCGAUUUCAACUGUAA